GUAGGAAAGAAGAAGAGGAAGUUGUCGGAUCGGCAAAAGAAGAGGAAGAACCAUUACAAUUUCGAAAAGGAAAGAAGAAAACGAGAAGCUGCAGCAGCAGCAGCCAGUUCUUCCGGGCCAGCUAGAUCCGUGGUGUUUUCCUCAACAAGUCCGUCUAGUCUACCUGCCCAGUCAUCGACCCCGGUUGGUAUACCCGCCCCGUCUAGUCUACUUGCCCCGGUUGAUAUACCUGCCCCGUCCAGUCUACCUGCCCCGUCUGUAAUUUUUGCCCCGUCAUCUGCCCCGGUUGUUGCUUCUGCCCCGUCUGUUAUUUUUGCACCGUCAUCUGCCCCGGUUGUUACGUCUGCCCCAUCGUCUGCCCCGCCUGCUAUUUUUGCACCGUCAUCUGCCCCGGUUGUUACGUCUGCCCCAUCGUCUGCCCCGCCUGUUAUUUUUGCCCCGUCAUCUGCCCUGGUUGUUGCUUCUGCCCUGUCGUCUGCCCCGUCUGUUAUUUCGUCCCCGUCAUCUUCCUCGGUUGUUUUUUCCGCCCCGUCUGUUGCGGCUGCUCCGUUUGUUGUAACCGCCCCGUCUGAUGUAGCCGCCCCGUUUGCUAUAUCUACCCCGUUCAUUAUUUCUGCUGUUUCCAAACGACACCUGGGUCCGUCUCCAUUAAACACCAACUCGGUAAGUGAAGAAGAAAGGGCGCGCAGGUUUGUCGCUCGCUGGAAAGAUAGGGAAAGGGAAAAGAAGAUCCGCGAAGCCGCAAUUGAAGAAAGGCGCCAAAGAGAGGCCAAAGAAAAGGAAGAUAGGACGGAAGCAAACCAGAUUGGUGGAAGAAAAGGAGGAAGAAGAAAACGACAAGUUCGACUCCCUAGUAAGUCGGAAUACUUUGCGCCCCUUCGAAGAGUCAGGGAAGAGACAGUGGCCGAGAGAGAAGAGAGAAGAGCCAGAGAAAGGUGGGAAAGAUUGAGGAUUUCAGAAAUUUGCAAGAAGAAGGCAGAAGAGGAAGAGUCGAGAAAGGUUAAGAAGAAGGCAGAAGAGGAAGAGUCGAGAAAAGUUAAAAAGAAGGCAGAAGAGGAAGAGUCGAGAAAGGUUAAGAAGAAGGCAGAAGAGGAAGAGUCGAGAAAAGUUAAGAAGAAGGCAGAAGAGGAAGAGUCGAGAAAGGUUAAGAAGAAGGCAGAAGAGGAAGAAUCGAGAAAGGCCAAGAGGAAAGCAGAAGAGGAAGAAUCGAGAAAGGCUAAGAAAAGAGCAGAAGAGGAAAAACUGAGGAAGACCAAAGAAGAAAGCACAGAAGAAAGAAGAGUCAAGGAAAGGUGCGAAAGACUAAAGCUUGCAGAGGCGGCAAAGAAGAAGCAAGAAGAAGAAGAAGAGAUAUGGGGUGGAGAUAUGGGAUGGAUGGAAAUCCAUUUUGUUGAUUAA